AAGGCAAAAAAUGCGCACCUACCCAGUGGACUCCUUGAAAACAGAAUAUGGCACAUGAAGUUCCUUCCCUGUGUGAUGUAUUGGGUUGGUAACAGUGACCAUGGAUGGACUGUACCAGAGACUGAGCUCCAGUCUGUUCUCGAGUCAAUAUUUUAUGAGGUGUAUCCACGUAACAAAGGAGGGUGUAGUUUUGACAUUGAAGACUUCCAAAGGAUCCACGAAUGGCGAGCUUCAUUUGGUUCAACAGCCAUCACUGUUUUGAUGGCUUUUUUCACUUCGACACCUGAUUAUGAGACUCAGGAAGCCCGCAAGGAAUAUGCUGAGUAUCAACUCCAGGAUUGCUGUUUCAUUUAUGAAGAUCCUGACAACAAAGAGCAACCUGGUGCCUUCUUGUCAGAAUAUAUACUACACAUUUUUGCAGCACACCUCACCACAGUUGCCGGGAAAGUAAGGGUGGAUUCAUUG